CGCUCAGCUGCAAGUGUUCCGAUGAAGCGCAAGGCCGACGGGUACAGCUCGGGCGAGGCCAGCCCUCCGCGCGUGCGCAAGGAGAUCGAGUGCCCCGGCGCACCGCGCAAGCGCAAGCGGCAGACCAUCCGCAAGAUCCCGCGGCUCGCGCUCGUGCCACAGGACGACGAGGUCGACGCUGCCAGUGAGGAGCGCGUCGCCGUGGCCGUCGUUCGGUCCCUUGACGACGAGCUCGCCGCCGCCGCCGCCGCCGAUGCGCAAGAGAACGAUAGCCAACGCACAGUCUCGGAUGCCAUGACCGCCAGCCCACCUGCGACGCCGCAACCGAGCAAAAGCCCCGUGUCACCAAGCUCGAUGCCCAGCACACCGCCACGGUCGCCGGCCGCGGACCUUCCGCCGCCGUCGCCGAGGCCAGCGACACCAGCGACCGAGAGCCUUCCGUCAACACCAAUGAAACCUCGGACGUUCCAGUCAACGGACAGAGGGGCGGACGCGGCGGCGCACCACAUUAGCCCGCCCUGUGGUGCGCUACAGCCGACGCGAACAGCGCUCUCGACCGUCAAGGACGACGUGGCGACGCGACAAGGCGCCGUCGCGCGCCGACGCCUCCCGCGGUAAGCCCCGCUCACACCUCUACCCGCCCCAAAGGAAAGGCGUGCCACCCGAACCAGAUCUUAUUUUAAUCAUCCGACGCUAUAUAUAUAUAUAUAUUCCUCUCGA